AUGAUGUCUAAACUUUUAAUGUUAUUGAUCUGUACAGCCGUUGUGAUUCAAGGCGCAAGACAACAACAGUAUCACCAUCGACGACAAUUGUUUGGAAGUAGUACACAACGUCUCCCAAGUAGUGGUUACGUAGUAAAGUCCUAUAGUGUUUAUUUCAAUGGGCAAAUAGUUAAUGGUCUGUCUUCGUUAUCAUUUAAAGAUUUGGGUUCUGGUUAUGCAAAAGAUUCUUCGAAUGCUUUUUAUGCUGGAAACAAAAUAGCAGGUGCAUCUAGUUAUUUAUUUGAAGUCUUAGGUGAUCGAUAUGCUAAAGAUGCUUGGUAUGCUUUCUAUGCUAGUAAUAAAAUAGAAGGUUCAUCUAGUUAUUCAUUUGAAGCCUUAGGUGAUCGAUAUGCUAAAGAUUCUUCAAAUGCUUACUAUGCUGGGAAAAAAAUAGCAAGUGCAUCUAGUUAUUCAUUUGAAGCCUUAGGCAAUGGUUAUGCUAAAAGUUCAGGAAAUACCUAUUAUAUGGGAGAAAAAGUUUUCAACGGUUGA